AUGUGGCGUCGGUGGAGCUGCGUGCUGCUGGCGACGCCGGCUCCAAUGAACCCCUCGCUGCUCUUCGGCGCCGGUCGUCCCCGCACGAAGGAGCAGGCCACAAAGUACCAAGAAAUGAAAAGUACGUCCAUCCAGGCCGCCUUUCCGCACCUUGCCGCCUGCUGGGUGGGGCCGUGUUGGGGCACAGUCAUGCUCACCCCGAACCACAUCUCGCCGGUGUGCACGAAGAUAGCUGUGUGGCGGUGCAGUGAGUGCCUGCAGGAGUUUGAGAUGAGUGUUGCAAAGUUUAUUGACCAGCACGGGGUGUGUCCACUCUGCAAGAAGCCGCAGCGAAAGCCCGAGGCGAUGAACAAGGAAUCGGAAAAGAAAGGUGGCGGUGCUCCCGCCGCCGUUGAGACAAACAACGGAGACGCGGGCUCUGAGGCGGCAGCAGCACCGCUCACCUCAAUGAUGAAUGAAGUGGAAUGGGUGAAGGCGCCACGCAUGGUUCAUACGAACUACAAGAGCGUGCUACAUGAUAACCCCGAGUGGGAGGACAUCAACAUUCAACCCAUGCUCGCACAAAAGUGGGAGAGUGUGACCGCACAGCUUCUGAACCCGGGCCCAGGCGAAGAAAAGGAGCUUUUGCUUGCCUCUCCCAAGAUUGACGGCAUUCGUUGCCUCAUCGGCUACAAUAAACGGCAGAAAGAGCCGCAGUUCUUCUCCCGUGGUGGUAUCCUGCUAGAGUGCUGCCAUGGGCUGGUGCCGCAUGUUAUGCCACUGUUUGAGGCCGACCCCACGCUCCUCUUAGACGGCGAGCUUUUCGCUCCGCUCUGCAACUUUGAGGAACUAAAUGGCCUUGUGCGACGUCUUGCGAAGUUCACCACACCAGAGAUGCGGGAGCGACAGGCGCAGUUACUCGAGUACUUCUCCUUUGACAUUAUGCACUCGGCGCAGCUCUCGGCGCCAAACGCCCCUUUUAGUGAACGCUACCAGCUGCUGAAAAAGAUGAUCCCCAUCUGCGGGGCGAAGCGCAUCAGUGCCUAUCAGCACGACGAGGAAAAGCGUAAAAUUAUUCGCCGAAAAACGUCAGCCCGACAGUGCUGCAGUGGAAGGGGCGGUCAAACUCUACCACGUCCCCGCGGCGCAGGUGGGUGCGGAAGAGAUGGACGAGGUUUUGGAGGAGGCCUGUUCGCAGGGGUUUGA